CGCACAUAGAAACGAGCUUCCUUCUCUUUUCCCUCUCUUGCACUGUCUCUGCUCCCCAGAUCGUUCUUCUUACGCGUCAAAUCGACUUCUACGACACCCAGCCCCACGAGCACUCGCAGGCACUCACGCGCACGAUGGCCGAGUGGGACACGAAGAAUGGACACUGGAUCCAGAUGGGCGACCAGAGCCGCGGCAGCUACCAGCCGCUGAACGACCCCGCGGGGUACCAGCCCGGCCUCUCGCAGCCGUACGCGCCGCCGUACGCAGGAGGACCCCCCAGUCAGACGGCGUAUGGAGGAUACCAGGGAGCGGGAGGGGGCGGGGGAGGGGGAGGAGGGUACGGCGCUGGGUCGCCGUGGUCGAGUCAGCGGUUCAAGCCGGAGAAGAAGGUGCAGAACCCGAUCGUGUUGAUCUUGUUCCUCGCGCAGUUUAUAGGGUUCAUCGGGUUGUCUGCGUGGGUGAUCUAUGGGUGGAUCAAGGACGGCGGGCUGAGCAAGGACCUCAACGAUGCGAACGAUAAAGGUGUUACGCUCAACAAACAAACGCUGUACCUCUUGCUGGCCGUCACGGGCGCAGCCCUCGUCAUAUCCACCAUCUUCCUGCUCAUCGUGCGCAUCUUCACCAAGGCGAUUCUGCACAUCACAAUGAUCUUUUCGAUCCUGCUUAACGUCGCCUUCGCAGGGUACCUCUUCUACAUGAAAGUAUACGUGGGCGCGAUCAUCGGCGCGAUCGCCGCCGUCCUCUCCGUGCUCGUGUACUUCGGGAUCUGGAAGCGCAUCCCGUUCGCGUCGCUGAUGCUCAAGGUCGUGCUCGACGUGUCGAAGCACCACCUCGCCGUGUACGUCGUCGCGUUCGCGGGCCUGUUCGUGCAGAUGCUGCUCUGCGUCGUGUUUGUGUUUGCCGCUGUCGCUACGUACGAGAAGUGGUCGACUGGGAGCGAUCAAUGCAAGAGCAGCAACUCGUGCUCGGACGGCAAGGUCGCGGGCGUGAUCGCCUUCGAGGCCGUCUCCUUCAUCUGGAACUCGCAGGUCGUCGGCAACGUCGCGCUCGCCACAAUGGCCGGCGGUCCCUUUGGCUGCUGGUACUACUUCGGCCCGAGCAACAUGGGCGGGAUGCCGAGCUUCCCGACGCUCUCCGCGUUCGGCCGCGCGUCGACGUUCUCGCUCGGCUCGAUCGCGAUGGGCUCGCUCAUCGUGACAAUUCUCGAGGUCAUCCGGCUCUUGCUGAACGCGCUGCGCAAUUCGGCGCAGGAGGACGGGAACCCCUGCCUGUGGUGCCUCGCGUGCUGCGCCGAGUGCUUCGUGUCCUGGUUCGAGAGUAUGGUCGAGUACUUUAACCGUUACGCGUACAUCCAGAUUGCGCUGUACGGUAAGCCGUACGUCCGCGCGGCCAAGGACACGUGGAGGAUGUUCAAGGACCGAGGCAUCGACGCGCUGGUGAACGACUCGCUCGUGAACCAUGUUAUCGCGUUCGGCGGGUAUUGUGUCGGGCUACUGUGUGCGCUGCUGAGCUACCUUUACUUGCAUUUCGACAAGCCAUCGUACAACUCGGAUGGCUCGUACACGGCCCCCGUAAUGAUAUUUGGGUUCUUGAUCGGGCUCAUGUGCUCUUUGACGCUUGGAACGUCGAUAGAGGCUGGUGUGUCGACUAUCUUCGUCGGCCUCGGCGAAGACCCACAGGUCCUGGCCAUUCGCUCGCCGGAGCUCUUCGCUGCUGUGGCAGCAACAUAUCCCCAGGUCGUGCGCGGCGUCGGCGCGUAAUGCUUCGGCGCGUGGUGCGGUGUAGUAGGUCUGGAUGACGAUUACGAUUUUAUUUUCUCGAUGAAAAGGGGCGCUCUUUACAUAAAGCUUUAUGACUUCCCGUGGUAUAUUUCUCAAUGUCUGCUGUAUCUUAGGAUAUCUUACGUACUGUAUUUAUGGAGUCUCGAUUAUUUAGGCUCCGCUUGCUUCGACAAGUGAUUCAAAC